AUGCGCAAGGCCUCCGUUUCGGCGCAACUCACGGGCUUCGCGCGCAAAUUCUCCGCCGCCAUCGCGCCGCAGCUCACCAAACUCGAUCCCGUCCCGACGCUGUUGCGGCGCAAAAAGUUGUCGAUCAGGAUUGGAAGCAUGACUCAGGUAAGCGAUAAGCUAAAUAAGGGGAAAUUUCUCGCGGAUACUCGCUGAAUCUUUCGGGUUGGCCAAGAGAAAUUCCAAGGGAAGUCCUACAGUAGCGGACCUGACCCAGUGUCAAAAAACAUACCAUUUUUCAUCCAGGAAGUAUCGAAAAUGUGGCAAAAUACCUCCAUUUCCAAGUGAAAGACUUCCGAUUUCAAAAGCGCUCUUUUUGUGAGGGAAAAGGCGCGCUCUUCAAAAAGGAGUUAUUCCACUUGAAGAAGUAAACAUUUUUCCACAUUUCUGAGAGUCUUGACUCGGACUUCAAGAGAAACUUGAAGUCCGAGUUUUUUCACUUGGAGAGGGAGAUAUUUUGCUACAUUUCCGAUACUUCCCGGAAGCGAAAUGGCACGUUUCUUGCCACUGGAUCCGGUCCUCUACCGUACAAUUGCGACCACGUCAAACUGAGAUAAGCUAAAACAGUCCGGUGAACUGGCAACUUGCCAAAAAAAAGACGUGAAAAAACGUUUUGUCGGGGAAGAAAUGGGGAAUUUUUGGGGCGAGAGAGUACGUUUUUGCGCGCCUUUUCUCUGUCUUCUCUGCUAAUCCAGGCGAAGUGUAAAACACCGAUAGCGAAGGGUCACCGGACUCCUCAGUUUGACGUGCGAUGCUCAAAUCUUCAUGAGGAUUGGUAAAAAUUUCAUAUAAAACGUGUGACUUUUUUUACUAAUUCUGGCAUGAAAAGUUACCGCCUAUUUCUACCGAAUAGUUUUGUGUGGCAAUGUAAAGUUAUCAACAAUAAGAAGGGCUCGGCAAAAUUUUGUCCCCUGGUUUUAAAACGUAUACAGUGGGGGACCUAAUCCCGUGGCAAAAAACGUACCAUUUUGCAGCCAGGAAGUAUCAAAAAUGUGGCAAAACACCUCUCUCUCCAAGUGCAAAAACUCAGGUUUCAAAAGCGCGCCCGCUCUUUGAGUGAGGAAAAAGGCCGCGCCCUUCAAAACAAAGUUUUUCACUUGGAGAGGGAAACAUUUUGCCACAUUUUUGAUACCUCCCGGAUGCAAAAUGGAACGCUUUUUUGCCACUGAACCAGGUGGCAAAGACCCACUGUAUGAGUUUUUUUUCGAGCUUGGUAGGCACUCAGGACAAACAUAUAAGCCAUUUUCAGGCUCAAUUUUUACAUUCUUUCAGUUUAGCUGGCAUUACUAAUAAAACAAGAGUCUUUUAAAGUUUCAACCAUCCCCAUAAGGUCAAAUGACAAAACCGAUGUUUUUUUGUAAACAUUACAUUACUUUAGCCUUGUGACAAAAAGAUUCAUAGAUCACUGUUGUCACCAUCUUCUAGAGGGUUCGUUUGUUUACUCUUGGAUACGUAAAACAGAGAGCGCUAUUUACCGAGGUUUUGGAACGAACUUCUCAUUAGAUGACGUUUUUUUUGCUUGCUAUUGUUUUGAAAAAGAGCUUUGAAUAAAGAAAAUUUGCGUAGGCCACAAAAAUCUUUAAAAAAAUUUAAAUUUAUAGCCUUUAGCAGUUUCUACAAGGUCUACAAGAACGGGGUUACCCUCAAAUUUUAUCAUCGAAAUAUCCUAUUUUUCCAAAAUCAUAUUUUUAGCUGCAAACCGCGUUGAAACAGUUCGUUCUCCACAACUCCGCGAACUUUGAUCCCGUCGAGUUCGAGAUUUACGAUGACCAAAUUCAACAGGUCGUCAUGACCGCCCAAUUCUACGCCGAAGAGCUGAUCGUUUUCGAGGGCACGCGCCGCGUUCUGAGCGUGGUGCUCGCCGAAUGCGAUCCGGAUGCGGACAACUUUACGCUCGCCAAAAUCCGACAUCCCAUCUCAGGUAAAACCACCUCAAUUCUUCCGGAAACCAUGAAUUUCCUCGGGAAAAUCAAGUUUUUUUUUGCUGAUUUUAGGAAUAAAAGUCUAUGAAAUGGUCUCGGUUCCAAAUCGAAGUCACCAAUAUUACAUCACGAAUUGCAUGGACGAAACGGCGAAGUGCGAGUUCCAGGUGCACUCCAAUUUCUGGCGCAAACUCUUAUCGACGUGUGGGUUCACGUUCGUCUCGGAUUACUGGACCGUGGAGCAGGACGGGAUUCCUGUUGGAUUUGUAAGUGGUGUGGAUGUCGCGACACAUGUCGCUUUGGUCAUGGGUACCCCAGUCUACUUUUUUGACAUUUAUGGUUAUCUUUCUCCUCUAUGAAUCCUUGAGCAUCUAUCCUAUCAUACAUACAGCCGAGAUAAUCACCGUACCUUUGUUUGUUUAUGCGCGAGAACGCGUAGCAUUGAAAAAGCAGGAAAUUUCAAGCGAAAAAGCGAAUUCUUAAAGAAGUUUUCCUCUUUUGACGGACAAAAAUUUUGAUAUUUUUUAUUAUGAAUCUCUCGGGAAGGUAGUGGCGGGUCGUAGCAGCAAAAUGUUUCGUCUCGUCGAAAAAAAGGGUGUACUUGAGCACCAAAGGUAAAAGUUCCUUAUUUUGGCCACAACUUAUAACUUUGCGGAAACUGGUCGGAAUUAGCCCAAAUUUAGCGUGCACGCUCAAUUCAUCGUUGUCAAUGCCCGAACAGUGGAUUUAGUUAGUGAGGUACCUUCUUUUUUACGUACCAUCUUACCCUUUAAAACGGCUGCAGCCUGUGAUUUUACACUUUAUACGAUGAAACAUGUCCGGAACUAAACUUAUUGCCUCCGUACGGAACUAAAUGAGUCGUCACAGCCUUCUUGGGUACCCUUAAAACUACAGAACUAUUACAGUAAUUCAGUGCCAGCUAGGUCGAAGCGUUUUUUCCUAACUUUAGUGUCCAAGCUUGGGCGCAGUUCGCGGAGUACCUUUGUUGUGGCCAAAAUAAGGAACUUUUUCCGCACCAAAUUUCCAGCUGCGCCUAGCCGUCGCAAAGCGAUGAUGAGCGAUUCUAACGCGCGUCGACCCGCCAUUAUUUUCCCGACAGACCGACAGAACAUCCGUUCAGAAAUAACCGAGAUUUUUUUGUUAGAAGCUUGAUCAUAAGUCAUCACUUUUACGCAAAAAUUCCAGCCUAAAAUAUAUCUUCUGUAGAUUGGUAUAUUCCCAUAAAAAUCAAAAUUUUGCACCAGAAGUUGGCAGAUUAAUGGUCAAAAAGGGGCUUUUCAAUCUGUCGGGAAAAUAAUGAGCACCCUGUCGCACCAAAAAAUUGCAUCGCCGCGGAGAAAAUGAAUUGUGUCGCGGCAAAAUCAAAUUUCUUUUCACUUCAGCGACGCGAUCGGCGCAGCGGUAUUAUCCUUAUUAUUUUCCCGACAGACUGAUACCUAUAUAUUCCAUUAACAAUCUACCUGUUUCAGGUAACCCCCGGCGGCACGAUAGUCGGCGAAAACGAGAUCAAGGUGGAGUGGUGCGACGAGGCGGACAUGGAGCUGCGGACUCUGAUACUAUGCAUCGGACUAGUCCAAACAAUACGCGAGGCCUUCCCCAGUCUUCUACAUAUCCUCCAGGAAUACCGAAUAAAACAAAACAGUUAA